AUGAGAGGUAUCGACUUGUCAGCAAAUACACAAUUCACAAAACCCUCUGGCAAAAAUGACUACGUCAUCAACCACUACAGACCUCCAGCCAUGACAAGAAAGAUGUGCGCAAAGAGUGCGUUCCACAUAAACAACGAGACAAUCAACAUCUGGAGUCAUUUACUCGGAUUCAUCUACUUCACAUAUCAACAAUACUACACAAACUACAUAGUUCUCCCAUCAGUCGGAUCUCAUAAAGCUGAUCAUUUCGUGUUCACUCUAUCAAUAUUUGGAAUGCAAAUGUGUAUGCUUCUAUCAGCAAGUUAUCAUACAUUUGGGUGUACAAGCAUUGAGAUGAGACAGAAAUGGCUGAAAAUGGAUAUUUUUGGAAUAUCGGCGGGUCUACUUGGAAUGUAUUUGAAUGGAAUUUACACUGCGUUUUUCUGUUUCCAGGACCACCUAACAUCUUACAUUUACAUUCUACUCGGCAUAUUCGUCAUCACUGCUUAUGUACCGACUCGGCAAGAUUUCUUUGAGAGGAAGAUUGUUGGCUCCCGAGUCGGUCUCCUUCACAUAAUUUAUUGUAUCAUCAUCACUUUCGGAAUUUGUCCGACAGUUCAUUGGGUGUUCCUUCAUGGCGGAUUUGAUAGUGAUCAUGUUGUUACUAAAGGUGAUUUUGAUGUUCCAGGAAAAUUCGACGUGGUCGGAUGCUCGCAUCAAUGGUGGCACAUCUUCCUUCUCGAGCAAUGA